CUCGGUCAGGUUAGACCUCUAAUCUAGUUUGCUCAUUUCCUUGUAGCUGGCUCCCUCUAGUCAUCCUCUCGGGUAAAGUUGUGGGAGGUGUCUGAGAAAAUCUGAGUCUUAAGAAGUUCUUACAGGAGAGCAUGGACCAUAAACCUGUCUAAGUUACGGCGCACCGAGCGCAUCCAGGUAGUGUGACAGCUCCAUCGCAAAUGUAAGAACAGGAAUGGCGUGCUUUGACGACUGUCGCAGCCUCGGCGAUAAGAGGCAAAAGAGCAGCAUCCUCUACAGCAUCUUGAAAAACGAUGGCCAGGAAGAAAGGCAAGCGCCAGGGCGAUCAGGUGCGGUGGUCCCUCUGCAGGCGUGCUCCUGUGUGUCCGAGACCAAAGUUAGGCUGCGGUGCCCGCAGAUCGCCUGCAACGCAGCCUCCACCGUUCUGGUAAAGACGCUCAAGUUUGUGAAAAAUGUACCGUGUUUCCGAGAGCUGCCAGCCGAAGACCAGCUGCUGCUGGUGCGGGGCGGCUGGGCUCAGCUUUUGGUACUGGGCAUGGCGCAGGACAGGGUGGACUUCGAGACGGCGGAAACCCCCGAGUACAGCAUGUUACAGAGGAUUUUAACUGGCGGACAAGAUCUCCACGACACUCGGCAGUCGAGAAACUGCCAGGGUGUGCCUUUGUCAGAUAUCCGGAUCAUUAAGUCUUUCCUGAGCAGGUGCUGGGCUUUGGAUAUUAGUACGAAGGAAUACGCCUAUUUGAAGGGAGCUGUCCUUUUUAAUCCAGACCUGGUCGGUCUGCAGUACCUCCACUACAUACACGGCCUGCAGCGAGAAGCGCACCAAGCGCUGAAUGAACACGUCAGAAUGACCCGCAGGGAGGAUUCCGCCAGAUUCGCCAAACUCUUUAUCGCUCUUUCCACGCUGAGAUCUAUCAGCUCGAACGUCGUCGCCGAACUCUUUUUUAAACCGAUCAUCGGAUCCGUGAACAUGGAGCAACUUCUACACGAUAUGCUUUACGGGAAAUAGCCAAACACAAGAAUGCAGGGACAUAAGGAAAUCAGAGGCCCACCGAAAGACGAUCAAUGACCACAAAUGAGACUGUCGCUAGCUAAAUUAUUUCUUGUUACACAGCAUAUUUUUCUAUAAUUAAAGUGUUCUUUGGACUUA